CAUUAUUCAUUCCGUCUCCGUUUUUUCUUGUGCCAUCUGAAGACAUCUUCUGACUGUAUUUGGGUGGUCCAUUGUCACAGGCUAAUAAUCUUUCUCUUUGACUCCACUGAUGCAUGGCCUUACACAUGCAGGAGCUUUCUUUUGAUGGGGAGUAACCCGAUUCCCAAGGCAACUGUUGCCACCGCAAAACACUCAGUGAAUGCACAGGCAUGUCACGGUUUAAUCUCUAACUAGUGCGACACAUUAAUCUUUUGUUUAAAGUUGUGUUAUGAUUUAUUGCUAAGACAAUUGCAACUUAAAGAAGAAAAUUAAAUCGUGUAGGAUUUGACAGUUUGGAAAGUUUCAUUCCACAAAGAUUGGACUUGUCUGGUGGGCGAACAGAAGAACCUCAACUACAAAAUGAAACUACCAGCCAUCACUAUAGCUUCCACACCAGUGUGUAUUCCUCGCGACACCACUCCUGUCCAGCAGAGUCGCCGCAUGAUGGUCACUCCACUGACAUUUCCCAUCAUCUCAGACUCUGCACGGCUAAGGACGAGCACUCAGAUUAUUCCAAGACUGAACCCUUUACAUCCACCUAUGGUCCAUAAACGCACGGUCAGUCUGGAGACGCCAGCUGUUCACCACCACAACCACCAGAGGGCACUAAUCUUGCAGAGGAGAGAGCAUUACAGGUAUCAUCAAGUGUGGCGAAAACCCUUUUAUGGAACCACCACUGAGAGAGAAGAGUACAGGAAGGAGUUACGAGAACAAUUAAAGAGGCAGAUGGAGGAAAAAUGUGUAGCACUAAAGCUGCAGCUGGCCUGUAAAGUGAAAGAAGCAGAAUAUGUCCAAAAGGUGGACUGCCUGGCCCUGUCCAGUGACAGAGAGCAAAGGAUCCAGCACGGCAAAGCAAUGACAGCUUACAGAGAUGAGAACAAGAGGCUAAUGGAGCAGAGCUGGAGGGACAGAGCACUAACGCGCUCCCAGGAGGCCAUGAAGGAGAGAGAGCUGCUGUGCCUCAACCCCAUUAACUGGAGUGGAACGCUGAAAUAGGUUGAAUCUCAACAUCCAGAGUCAAAAUUUAAAAGUCAGGCCUUGCUGUAGCACUUUGGCAUGCAUGAAGAUGGAACAUGACGUAUGUAGUGUAUGUAAUUAGUGCUGUGAUGGGCAUUGAAGGAACUUUACAGGGAUAUUUCUAGAAUUUUCUGAACUGGGAAGAUGAUGCUCUUCACUUUUCGUUCUUCACUUGCCUGCCAACAUCUCUGUUGAUAGUUUCAGGUUUGAUAUGCUAGUAGUGGCUACUGUAGCUAAAAGCAAAGAGGAGGAGCAAGCUGCAGACACAGCUCCCUCAGGCGUGACAAAGGAAGCACAUUUUUUCACUUAUGCAGAAACACUUAUGGGAACUAUAUACAGACUUCAAUUUCCUUGUCAUUGACUUCCUCCAUGCCCUGUAAUUUACCAUUCAACGAUUAUUUCCCACAAGCUGAGAUGUUUUUCCUCAUUGUUUAUGUGAAGAGCAGAGUAAGCAUGAGAACAUAAAAUUAAACAAAUCUAAUAAAAAAACGUGACAGAGUGAGAGACCUUUUAUUGUAAAGCAAACAUUUAUGAGUAAUGACUUGAAAACUUUCGCCACACUAGUAAAACCAAAGAUAAAUCAGAUGGACGGGUAAAAAGUGAAGUGUCAGUGGCUUUCUAACAUGAUGCUACUGUAUCUGCAAAAUAACAUUUGAACCGAUAAAAAAAAAAA